AGGUAUAUGACCGAUGGUAUGUUACUACGGGAAGCGAUGAAUGACCCCCUGCUGGAGCGUUACGGGGUCAUCAUCCUUGACGAGGCCCACGAAAGGACCCUGGCGACGGAUAUCUUGAUGGGCGUGCUGAAGGAGGUUGUAAGGCAGAGGUCUGAUUUAAAGGUGAUCGUGAUGAGCGCAACUCUAGAUGCUGGCAAGUUUCAGAUUUAUUUCGAUAACUGCCCUCUGCUCACCAUUCCUGGCCGUACGCAUCCGGUGGAGAUUUUUUAUACUCCGGAGCCCGAACGGGAUUACCUCGAAGCAGCCAUCCGUACAGUAAUACAGAUCCAUAUGUGCGAGGAAGAGGAAGGAGACCUGCUCCUUUUUCUGACUGGACAAGAGGAGAUAGAUGAAGCCUGCAAGAGGAUAAAGCGUGAAAUUGACGACCUGGGCCCUGAAGUGGGUGACAUUAAAAUCAUCCCCUUAUAUUCCACACUUCCCCCUCAGCAACAACAGAGGAUUUUUGAGCCCCCACCUCCCAAAAAGCCAACUGGUGGGAUAGGACGGAAGGUGGUCGUAUCAACUAAUAUUGCUGAGACAUCAUUGACAAUAGACGGUGUUGUUUUCGUCAUUGAUCCUGGCUUUGCGAAACAAAAGGUCUACAAUCCGCGAAUCAGGGUGGAAUCUCUGUUGGUUACCGCGAUUAGCAAAGCUUCCGCUCAACAGAGGGCUGGCCGUGCCGGUCGUACUCGGCCCGGCAAAUGUUUCCGGCUCUACACAGAAAAAGCGUACAAAACCGAGAUGCAGGACAACACCUAUCCUGAGAUUUUGAGGUCGAACUUGGGUUCUGUGGUAUUACAGCUGAAGAAACUUGGUAUAGACGAUUUAGUUCACUUCGAUUUUAUGGACCCGCCAGCUCCAGAAACCUUGAUGAGAGCCUUGGAGCUUCUGAACUACUUAGCGGCUUUAAACGAUGACGGAGACUUGACUGAACUGGGGUCCAUGAUGGCCGAGUUUCCCCUUGACCCGCAGCUGGCUAAAAUGGUUAUUGCAAGUUGCGACUACAACUGUUCUAAUGAGAUUCUAUCUAUUACUGCCAUGUUGUCAGUCCCACAGUGUUUUGUUCGCCCCACGGAAGCCAAGAAAGCCGCCGACGAGGCCAAGAUGCGAUUCGCCCACAUAGACGGAGAUCAUUUGACGUUGCUGAAUGUCUACCACGCUUUUAAACAAAAUCAUGAAUCGGUUCAGUGGUGCUAUGACAACUUCAUUAACUACAGGUCCCUCAUGUCUGCAGACAACGUACGCCAACAGCUGUCACGAAUCAUGGACAGGUUUAAUCUGCCACGCAGAAGCACAGACUUCACCAGCAGAGACUAUUACAUCAAUAUACGAAAGGCCUUGGUUACCGGUUACUUCAUGCAGGUGGCCCAUUUGGAACGGACGGGGCAUUACCUGACGGUGAAAGAUAACCAGGUAGUUCAGCUGCACCCCUCGACAGUUCUCGACCACAAACCGGAAUGGGUGCUUUACAACGAAUUUGUCCUUACCACGAAGAACUACAUUCGCACUUGUACAGACAUCAAACCGGAAUGGUUGGUGAAAAUUGCUCCCCAAUAUUACGACAUGAGCAACUUCCCACAAUGCGAAGCAAAGAGACAACUGGACCGGAUCAUCGUCAAACUCCAGUCCAAGGAGUACUCCCAGUACUGAUUGGCCUUUGAGCUGGACUUGCUCAGAGAACAGCUUCAAACGAUAAAUGGAAUUCUUAAAAAAAGUUCCAGGUUGUGCUCUUUGCCUUUUAUUUGGGAGCUUUCUAAUUUCUUCUACACAGUAAAUAUUCCAUUUUAAUUUCAUACAUUAAAUAUGUAUGCCUCUCUUUUCUUUGUGUGUUGUUCACACUGUAACUCAUACCGGGGUGGGGGUGGGGUGGGGAAAAAGCUGAUCAAUGUUUUGCAGUUUAUUAAAAGUAGUUUCUCUCUCUCUCUCUCUCUCUCUCUCUUUCUCUCUCUCUCUCUAACAAUGUUGUAAGCAUUUCUUUAGAAAUGGUUGGAAAUGCUUCUGAAAUGUGAGUCUCCACCAUGGCGUGCAUGAUCGUUGUAAUUGUUGACAUUCCUUUUAGAAGUGAAAUGUUACAAUGUGCUUAUGUAGACGCAACCUUCAGCUUCACUACAGAAGUGUACUGACUUCAAUAAAGUCUAUUUAUACUAAAA